AUGGCAAAGAAGGCUCUAGUUCUCAAAAAGACCACAAACCAUUCCGUCGCCACUCUCCGGAACAACUUCAACAGCUUGAAGACACCUUUUCCUGUGGUGGGUGCAGUUGAAUAUGCUCAGAGUGGUAAAGCAGAUAUGAGUGCUCUCCGAGCCGAAAAUGAGAGGGUGUCUCGCGAAAACCUGGCGCUUAGAGAGUCCCUUAACAAGGUAAAGUGUCAAGGAUGUCGAGUUUCAUCCUCCAAGGCAGAAGAGCACCAGCCUAGUCUACAUCGACUGCAGGUCGAAAAUGAUAAAUUAAAAGAAGAGCUCGAAAAAGUGUACAAUGUUCUUGCCAAUGCAAUGGGGAAACCUGUAACUCAAAUUCCAUCUUUUUCACCUGGCCAUGUAUCUUUACUCUCCGUGCCGGAAGAAAAAAUUUCCUUCCAAGGGACGAGAGGCUCCUCCAUUGACCUCAACAUUGCCUUGGGAAAUUCCAAGAGUCCACCAUCACCAAACCAGUUCAAUGGGAUACAAGAGAAAGACAUCUCACCCAUGAUUGAAACUGCAGUUAGUGCAGUGCCGGAAUUGCUCAAACUUUUGCAAAUCGAUUAUCCAUUUUGGUUCAAGUCCAGAAUCGAUGGGAGAUAUGUUAUUGAUAAUUGUGUUUAUGAUUGGAAAUACCCCAAAGUCAAUACCUCUAAGAACGUGCUUGCUCGGAUGGAAUCAUCCAAGGUUUCUGGUCUGGUUAGAAUGUCUGCAACACGCCUGCUUGAGAUGUUUUUGGAUUCGAUGUAUGGAAAAUUGCAUGUUCUGUCACCUCUUGUGGCACCUCGAGAAUUCUUCUUUCUUCGCUAUUGUUUGCAACUUGAUCCACAGUCGUGGGUGAUAAUGGAUGUAUCGUAUGAUUGCUUCAAAGAGUAUACAUCCCCUUAUCGUUGUUGGAGGCUUCCUUCAGGAUGCAUGAUUCAAGACCUUCACAAUGGGAAAUCCAAGGCAAGACAUGAUCAACCUUCAAAGUCAGUGCCGCUUAUGGUUACUUGGGUUGAAAAUGUUGUAGCCGACGAUGAAUCACUAAACCAUCCUCUCUAUAGCGAGUUAGUACGUAGUCAUCAAGCAUAUGGAGCCAAACGGUGGGUUGUUACUCUUCAGAGGAUGUGUGAGAGAAUUAAAUACUCAAUGGGGCCAAGAACCACACCUAGUCAUGGACCUGAAGGGGGUAGGAUGAAAAUAAUGAGGCUUUCCCAAAGGAUGGUCAAGAACUUUUGUGCAAUAUUAAGCAUGCCAGAUGAACCAGAAUUCCCUAAUCUAUCAGAAGGGAACAGUAGUGAUAUCCGAAUCUCCAUUCGCAAGAGCAAUGAAGAAGGCCAUCCUGGUAUGUUUGUUUGUGCUGCAACAUCUCUGUGGCUUCCUCAGUCACUCCAAACCCUCUUUAAUUUCUUUAACGAUGGGAGAUUACGAGCUCAGUGGGAUGUGCUGUCUAAUGGGAACCAAACUAAUGAGAUAGCACAGAUUCGAGUGGGAACUCAUCCAGGGAACUGUAUCUCUCUUAUUCAGCCUUUCAUACCAAAUGAGCAGAACAGGUUAAUUCUGCAAGAGAGUUGCAUAGACUCCUUGGGGGCCCUUGUGGUCUACGCCCCAAUCCAUUCCUCAGACAUCAACUCAGCCAUAAACAGUGAGGAAAACAAAACAAACAUACAGAUACUUCCUUCAGGUAUAUUGAUAUCCGUUGAUGGCCGCUCUGACAAUGGAACUGGAGCUUCAAGCAGUACUGCUACUACGACCAAGUCAGUUGGUUCACUUGUUACUGUGGUUUACCAACUACUGGCUUGCGAGGACUUGACUCCACAGAAGCUACAGAAGGAGCCGGUGGCGAAUUUGACCGCUCUUAUAAGAACCACCGCUCAGAAAAUACAAACAGCUUUAGGUUGCUCGGGUUCAGAUUGA